AUGACCAUCCUUCGCCACGCUACCAACUCCCUGCGCUGUGUCCGCAACCCGUCGGCCGCCUCAGCCAGGAACCUCUCGACGACAACCCGACGCCAAGGGGGAGGCGGCAGCCACUUCGACCCGCCGACCGGAUGGCUCUGGGGUGUCAAGCCCGGAGAGAAGGCUGAGGCCGAGGGCUGGGAGUGGCCCAUGUACAUCUUCUGCGGCAGCCUCGUCGCUACUGGUGUUGCUCUGGCCUUUAAGCCUGACACGACCGUCUCUACCUGGGCUCUCGAGGAGGCUCGCCGGAGGUUAGAGGCUGAGGGCAUCCUGCCCGACUCGGAGGCAAUCAAGAAGGAAUAA